GGCGGCGGAGCUGCUACAUGGCACCCCACCUGAAUUGUGUCGGCAGGUAUCACAACAUAAAAUUAUUCUUUGCUCUUCUAGAGUCUUGCUUUGUAUGGCAUAUAUGGGUAGGCAUCUUUGCUUUGAUUAGUUUAUUUAUAUUUCUUACAGAAGUGAUGGAUAUUUCUAUCCUGUUGCCUCUACACCUGCGCACUUUCAUCUGAAAUGCCAACUCUUUUUUUGACCGGGGCAUAUAUCUCUAUCCUCAUAUAUGUCAUAUCUUUUUAUCCAAUUAUUUAGUGACAAUAUUAUGUACUCUAAACAUAUGGAAUUUCAAUGUUAUAAGACAUACCGGUUUUUUAUCAUGUGUACAUAUAUAUAUUUGAGAAGACGAAUGUUAGGCCCCUUUUUCAGACUUGUCGAUUUUCUUUGAAUAAUCAAGUUUAACAUUCUAUCAAAUUGUAUCGAGC